CUGCAGAAGUUUGUUUGCCCCCUCAAAUGAGUCCUCUACACACCUGUGCUCAUGUUGCGGCUGUUUAGUUUCCAUGGCAACAUCACCAAAUACGGUUCUCGGUUUGCUCGAUGGGAUCAUCAGAAAUAAACUGAAGUUAGUUUUAUCAACGAGUUAACACUAGCUAACCUCUAUUUCUUAAGUUUACUUAGUAAGUUAACGUUGAUUGUUACAUUUCGGUUACUUUAUAACGGUUAUAAUGUAAAGUUACAAAGGUGAACUCAGUUUAACGGGUUAGCUAGCUAACUUACUGUAACUCGGCAGGCCAAUCACAUAAAGUACUAACUAGCUCAGCUAACCCAGUCAGUUCAGUCAGUUCAUUAUUAACAAACCAUUAUUAUCUGCUUGUCAGAUAGCAACUAGUCCGUUGUAGUGAACCGCUAGUUUUUGUGAAAACAAGCCAAAUUGACCCAGAAUGUCUGAGAUGGACGAAGAUGUAGUCUUGUCGGACGUAGAGGGAGAGGAAGAAACGCACCGAGGAUUUGGAGAGGACAAGAAGGUACAGGCUUGCCAUUUGACCCAAGAAACCAUAAACCAGGGGCUCUCAUUACUGUGCCAAACAGGAAAUGGACUUGCACACGCAUUUGUCAAACUGGACCUAAAAGACAAAGGACUGAAUGACAUAGGUGCAAUCAGCCGUUAUAUUCACAUUCGUUUUCUGGAUGUAUCCAACAACCACCUUACUGAUCUUUCUCCUCUGGCAUCUCUGACCCAGCUGCUCUGGCUGAAGGUUGACAGUAAUGCUGUGGCAUGCUUCAAAGGGCAACCUUUUGCUCAGUUGACGUACCUGCAGUGGCUGAGUAUGGCAGUGAACCAGCUAACAGACCUGGAUGGCCUGGUCGGGCCUGCCUUGGAGAGUCUCAAUCUUACAGGUAACGGUAUUCAGAGAGUCAGUGGUCUUCAGAGUGGCUGUUUUGCCAACCUGGUGACUCUAGAACUCAGGGGAAACCACUUGGAUACCACUGAUGGCAUCAACCUUCCGAAUCUGCGGCAAUUAUAUCUGGCCCAAAACGUUAUCAAACACCUGGAGGGUUUAGAGAGGUUAGAGCGCCUCACCACCCUUCACCUUCGAGACAACCAGCUAGAUACUCUGGAUGGCCUCAGCCCCAACAUGAAGUGUCUCCAAUACCUCAAUGUCAGAGGCAAUGCAGUCUUAGAUGAGAAUGCCCUGCAAUGCCUCAGGCUUGUGUCAAAAACUCUGCGAGCUUUGGUCCUUUCUGAGAAUCCUCUGGUGGAAAUGACAGACUACCGGCUGAGUGUACUGAUUCUCCUGCCACAGCUGGAGCGACUUGACAAAGAUCCUGUCUCCCCUGAGGAGAUGACUGAGGCCCUGGAGAGAAUCAAGGAACUUAAAGAAGAGGAAAUAUCAAAGCCAUAAGAUUUGCAAUGAUGGCCAAAAUGAGGAAGUGUUUGACUUCUUUGAAAACACAGGUUUGGUGUGUAUAGGUGGGUGAUUGUGACUGUGUUGUAUGAAACAAAUUGUAUAUCUUGAUAGAGUAUCUUGUAUGAUGCACUUUGUAUCAUCCGUAAAUUUGGGUUGCUUGUCAUGUUCUUACACUAUUACAGCAAAUCUAUUUUUUCAACAAUAAAAUUUUGAAAAUGUUA